GUUUGUUUAUCAACCUCAAAGAUGGCGGCGGAACACGAAGGAGAGAUCAUGUUGUCACGAUUGGAUAGUUUAAAAGAUAUAAGGAGCAAAAUGCUACAGUUGGAAAAACUCAAAAAUCAACUAUUGAAUGACUUCGUAGAUACAGAAAAAGAAGAAGAGAUGCUGAAAGAAUAUAAAAAAGAAAUGGAUUUGUUAUUGCAAGAAAAGAUGGCACAUGUAGAGGAGUUGAGACUCAUACACGCUGACAUAAACCUUAUGGAGACAACCAUCAAACAAGCUGAGAGUGACAGGAAUAGAUCACUAGAGAAGGCAAGGAGGCUACAUGAUGACUACAUGCCUUUAAAACAACACGUAGAUAGUUUACGUGCAAGCCUAGGACUUGAAAAAUUACCAGAACUUUAUCACGAAGAAGAUAAACUCACACCAGAUUAUUUUGAUAAACAGAGACCUAACUACCAAGCUGAAGACACUGCAUCUGAACCAGUCUUACCGUCAACACUGACCACUGUUGCCGCAGUGUCCGUAGCGACCCAACAGAUGCCAGUCACUGCCAGAGUAAACAGACCAUCAGUUGAUAGACAGCCUACAGGAUUCAGGCAACAGCCGCCGCCUAUGAAGGCUUGCCUUUCCUGUCAUCAACAGAUCCAUCGCAAUGCUCCAAUAUGUCCGCUAUGCAAAGCAAAAAGCCGAUCUCGAAAUCCAAAAAAACCCAAAAGAAAACUGGACGAUUGAAACUAGGACGCAGCUUCUCAGGACUGUUAUUAGUUAUUACAUUUAUUACUAAUUUUUAGUCUAUUGCUCUUAACUAAUUUCUCAGAAUUUCUUUCAAUUUUAAAUGGGCAAGUCCUUUUCAUGAAAAAU